UUUUUUUUUUUUCAGCAACUACGGCUUGUAAACUUUUCUUUUUUUUUUCUUACUUUCCUUUAUUUUAUAAACUACAAGAUGUCUGAUACCAAAGCAGUUGUUAAGAGUGUUGAUAUGAGCGAAGAAAUGCAACAAGAGGCUAUUGAAUGCUCUACUCAAGCCUUAGAAAAAUACAACAUUGAAAAAGAUAUUGCUGCACACAUCAAGCGUGAGUUUGAUCGUAAAUACGGACCUACAUGGCAUUGUGUUGUUGGUCGCAAUUUUGGUAGUUUUGUUACUCAUGAAUCCAAGCAUUUUAUUUAUUUCUAUCAUGGUCAAAUUGCUAUUCUCUUGUUCAAGUCAGCUUAAUCUUUUUACCGUUGAAUAAAAAAGGUUUUUUUUUAAAAAAAAAAGUGUCGUACAAGGGAACGAUAUACUAUUUCUUUAU